UGACUUUGUGUCUCGACUAGACAAACGAUUCAGGCGGUCGCAGUGGUCUUGAAACCAAAUCAUGGCAGGACCUGCCAGCACCUCGUCCUCUAUGACUUCUACAUCUCACACACUCACUCAUGCUCCCGGAUUAAGUUUUCUAUCCGCAUCUCCAGGCUUAGCCGAUAUGUUAGCCCUAUUCGACGCCAUCAGGUCUGGCAAUCGCCAUGGCCUCCUGCAACCCACUGCCUCAAUACCCAAUGCCUCAUUGCAGCUUGCAAAAGCUACACUUGACGGAUAUGCUGGGCAAGUAAGCGACGAGCAACAACAACGGCUCAUUGAAGCAAACAAGAAACGCAAACGCGCCGACGACAGGUCAAGAAGAGGCGAUGUUUUGAAAAUACGGAAACUUCAUGUCGACGGGUUCGAGAGCGGUCAAGUCUGGCAGCAGGCGCGGAGGAUCAUUUCAAGUGCUUUGGAGGACUCAAAGGAAGCGUUGAAAGCUCUGGAAGAGAGCUACGAGAUCGAAGUUAACGGCGUCAAUGGCGACAACGAAUCCCUUGAGUUUGACCGAGACGGCCUCAAUACCAACUCCAACGAGGAGGACGAGAAAGAUACUGACGACCCCAGUGGGCCAGAAGAGGAGGUGUCGGGAGAAGAAGAUGGAGACGAGGUCGACCCUGAGGGCGCAGAGGAAGGCAUCGAGGAUCUCGACGAAGUUGACGGCCAAGAUGAGGAUAACGAGGAGGAGGAAUCGGAUGAAGCAUCAGAGGAACUGGUGGAAGAUCCAAAUGGCCUUAAUGACGGCUUCUUCUCCAUUGACGAUUUCAAUAAGCAGACGCAAUGGUUCGAGAAUCAAGAUGCCAAAGCAGACCCCAACACGGACGUGGCAAGCGAAGACGAGGAAAUAAACUGGCACGCUGAUCCUAUGACUGAAGAUACCGUCAUCAACGGUAAGCCGAGCAAGAAUGGACAUGACAAUGUUGAAGAUGAGCUGCCCUCAGAUAUAGAAGACGAAGUAGAAGAGGGUGGCCCAACAUUCGGCAAUAUGGACUUGGAUGCACCGGAAGGAGAGAGUGACGACGAGGAGGCUGACGAGGAAAUGGAGGGUGGCAUGGGAGAGUUCAACGCCAAUGACGUAUUUUAUAAGGACUUCUUCGCGCCGCCGCCGAAGAAGGGAUCCAGGAACGGGAAACCGCGAAAGUUUAAAGAGUCUCGCAUCCAACGGCCAGGCGAAAACGAUAUAGAACGAGCGAUGGCUGAUGUUCGCCGGGAUCUCUUCGACGACGAAUCCGACCAUGAUGACUCGGACACAGACGCACUAUCGGAAGUGUCAGCCGGCGACCCCAAGUCUCGAAAAUCUGCUCACGAGAGGAGACAAGCCAAGUUGGCCGAGGAAAUCCGCAGACUCGAGGCCGAGAACGUAGCUGAGAAGAAAUGGACACUGGCUGGUGAAGCGCGAGCGGCGGACCGGCCCAAGCACUCUCUUUUGGAAGAAGACCUCGAUUUCGAACAUAUUGGCAAGCCAGUCACCGUGAUCACGCCUGAAAUGAGUGAGAGCAUUGAAGAAAUGAUUAAGCGUCGCAUAUUAGCGCAGGAGUUUGACGAGGUGAUGCGAAGGCGUCCGGACUCUCUGGAUCAAACAAACACUCGGAGAGGUCUCGUCGAGUUGGACGACACUAAAGCCAAGCAGAGUCUUGCUGAAAUCUACGAGGAAGAGCACAUCAAGAGCACAAACCCUGACAGCUAUGUCAGCCAAGCCGACGAAAAGAUCCGCAAAGAGGAGCAAGAGAUUGAGCAGAUGUGGAAAGAAGUCAGCGCCAAGCUCGAUGCCCUUAGCAGCUGGCACUACAAACCUAAGCCCGCAGCACCAUCUCUUACAGUUGUUGCAGAUGUCGCAACUAUCAGCAUGGAAGACGCUCAGCCGACUACGGCGCAAGGCGUAAGGGGCGGUGAUAAUACGCUCGCACCACAGGAAAUUUACAAGGCUGGAAAGGACACUGUUGAGAAGGGAGAAGUGGUAGCGAAGAGCGGAUUGCCCGUUGCCAGGCAGGAGCUUAGCAGAGAUGACAAGACGAGGAGACGUAGGAGAGCCAAGGAGAGAAUUCGCAAGGCUGGCGGCAUUGGAGAAAAGAAGCUGGGCGGCAAGGCUAAGUUGCAGAAAGAUACAUUUGCCGACCUCAAGAAGGGUGGUGUUAAGGUCAUUAACAAGAAGGGAGAAGUCCUCGACGUGGAGGGCAACAAGGCGAAGGCGACCAAGGCUGCCUCGAGUGGGAGCUUCAAGCUGUAAUUCCGUGGGUGCAUGUAGAGGGAUAUAUUCAAUGCAACAUUUUGUACGAAUCAGAAGUUUGUCGAUUGCAACUGUAGAUUGUCGAAGU